CAAAGCUAACAAAAAAUCGAGAACCCAAACGACAACAGCAACAUUAGCGACAACAAAACGGAAGCGAAAAAUUCGCGUUUUUCACACAACAUUUUUGCAUUUUCCGUUCCGCUGUUAAAUAAUUGUUCGAGAGCUACAAAAGGCGUCCAUUGUAAGCCACUUGGCCCGUUUGUUAGCCGCUCCACCAAUCAGUCAGUUGAUCAAUCUGUCAAUCAGCGUGUGUGCAUCUAAUACACAUACUAUACAUCAUAUGAGUGUGCGACUUUUUUUUGGAAAUGAAAUUAGAAAUUGAAAAUAGCUCAUUAGCGAACUGGCAUCAUCCGUGGAUUUGGCUGCAAACUGUCUUUAAAUCGAUACCACCCAAUCUGAUGGUGCGAUGGCGCAACAACACUGAUGCCAUGAUCGAAGCUCAGUACCCGACAACUGGUGAAUUCGAAUACAUGGAGUGCGGACCAUCACCGCCGGCGGAGAGUGCGCCGAGCAUGUACGAUAGCUUCGAGGAGCCGACGAGCGAGCUGAGUGUCCAAAUAUGCAACGACACGCUGCGAAUAAGUCUGAUCGAUCAGAUGAAAAGUUCGGCAGGUCGUGUGCGCUUCCUCGAGGACAUCGAACAGGGCAACGUGGUGGCGGAGAACGUGAAGACACAUUUCGAAUCCGCCUCGAAAUUGGAGAAGAAUUUAAGCUACUUGUGGGCGGCAUUCCUGAAACGUUGGGACCUGCUCGAGAGUCUAUUGGAGGCCGGUGCCGAUUUACAUUUUUGCGAUCAAAAUGGCAUUUCGGCUCUCCAUCUGGGAGCCUUUAGUGGCUGUUUGGCCACAUUGGGCCUAUUGGUUGGCAAAGGAUUAAAUGUAAACCUACAGUCCAAAUGCUAUACGCCCCUGCAUUGUGCAGCCUUUGGCAAUGCCGCGGAGGCGGCCAAGUUUUUGAUAAAUAAUGGCGCCGACAUCACCAUGGAUACGAGCAAGCCCAACUGUGAGGAGAGUCUCCUGCACUGUUCGGUGCGUUCCAAUGCCCUCGAAUGUCUACAGCUGUUCAUCAGCGAGGGCGCCGACGUCAACUCGCUCAAGCCGAAUGGCACCAAUGCCAUACACUUGGCCGCAGAUCUGGGAAAUUUGCAGUGCCUGGAGGCACUCCUGAAUGCGCCCAAUGCCGACCCCAAUGUACGCAUCUGUAUACGAGAGAAAGAAUCUACAGCUCUUCACCUGGCAGCCGACGAAGGCAAUGUGGAGUGUGUGGAUCUCUUAUUAUCGAAGGGUGCCGAUGCAACGCUGAAGAACCAUCGAGGAUUUACGCCCCUUCACUUGGCAGCGCGCACCUCCAGUCUGGAAUGUGUUGAGUCGCUUCUGCGCAAUGGAAAUGCGAAUGCCAAUGCCGAGGAUUUCGAUUUGCGAACUCCCCUGCAUGCGGCGGUGGGAAAAUCGGAAAAUGCCUAUGACAUCAUGGAGAUCCUCAUACAGUGGGGUGCCAAUGUAAAUCACAAGGAUACUUAUGGCUUUACAGCGCUCCAUUUGGCCGCCCUCGAUGGCCUCGUACAGUGCGUCGAGAUGCUCAUUUUCCAUGGUGCCGAUGUCACUACGAAAUCGAAGAAAGGCACAUCCGCUCUGAACGUAAUCACACGAAAGACGCCCGCUUCAGUGGCCAUGAUAAGACAGAAAUUGGAUGCCGCUAUUACGCUGCAUCACUCACAGGAUCCCGUCAAUCGUGAGGUUGAACUAGAGUUGGAUUUUCGUCAGCUGUUGCAGCAUUGUCAUCCGCGCGAGAUAAGCUAUCUGAACACGUUUGUGGACGAGGGUCAGAAGGAAAUUCUAGAGCAUCCACUAUGUUCCUCAUUUCUGUAUAUCAAAUGGGGCAAGAUACGCAAAUACUAUAUAGGACGACUGAUCUUUUGCUUUAGCUUUGUGCUCUUUCUGACGCUCUAUGUGCUGACGGCAUUGGCGCAUAAUUGCUAUAAUGGGAGCAAGGACGAUAAUACGACCAUUCAAGCUCAGGAAUUGUGUCAGAAACAAUCAAUUCUCGGUGAUAUGUUGCGCAAUAAUCCGUUUGUGAUGGAAAUGCAGUGGUGGGUGCUGGUGGCCAUCACCAUAGUCGAGAUAUUUCGGAAACUCUACGGGAUAACGGGCUACUCAUCGUUUAAGCAUUAUGUUACCCAAGUAGAGAAUAUUAUGGAGUGGUUUGUGAUCACGAGCGUUUUUAUAAUAUCAUACAUCUAUACGAAGCAGACCUACACCUUUCAAAAUCAUAUAGGAGCCUUUGCCGUGCUGCUGGGAUGGACCAAUUUGAUGUUAAUGAUUGGACAGCUGCCCGUCUUCGAUGUCUAUGUGGCGAUGUACACUCGAGUCCAGGGUGAAUUCGCCAAAUUAUUUAUGGCCUACUCGUGUAUGCUGAUUGGAUUCACGAUUAGCUUUUGUGUCAUAUUUCCAUCGUCCUCCUCGUUUGCUAAUCCCUUUAUGGGCUUUAUCACAGUGCUAGUUAUGAUGAUAGGAGAGCAGGACCUUUCGUUGCUCAUCAACGAUCCCGAUGGCAAGGAUCCGCCGUUUCUGCUGGAGGUCAGCGCACAGAUUACCUUUGUGCUGUUUUUGCUGUUUGUCACCAUCAUUCUGAUGAAUCUAUUGGUGGGCAUUGCGGUGCACGAUAUACAGGGACUAAAAAAGACGGCUGGACUCUCCAAGUUGGUGCGUCAGACGAAGCUGAUAUCGUACAUUGAGUCAGCGCUGUUCAAUGGAUAUUUGCCCACCUGGCUACGCAAUCUAUUGCAUUAUACGGCUCUGGUGUCGCCGCAAGCUUAUCGUGUGGUGCUUUGUGUGAAACCCCUGAAUCCCAGUGAGAAGCGCCUGCCGCGUGACAUAUUAAUGAAGGCCUAUGAGGUGGGGAAAAUGCGCAAACAUUUCGGACACACGGUCUCCUCCAAAAAUCCCGCAGAGAACUAUUUACAGUAUAAGAAUCAGUACAACAACAACAAUGGGAGCAGUGCGUACGUGCUGCCAGGAGAGGAUCCUGAGAUCACACAAUUCACAACAUUGACAAACAAAAUCGAUGAGAACGCGGAUCGCAUUGAGGUUCUCACCCAGGAAAUACAGGAGCUGAAACAAGCCCUCAUAUCACAGCAGCAACAGGCGAGCAAAGUUAUUGAUAAACUAUUGAUUGUAAUAUCCAAUCAGCAGAAGAAUAAUUUGCGAAAAUAGUGCAUUAAGAAAGUGAAUAGCAUUUAGAGCUCUGAAGUCUAAGAGAAACUGAUAUUAUACUAUAUACCACAUACUUCUACAUAUAUUUAUACAAACAAGAAAAAGAUAAUGUGCAUUUGGUGCAAGCGAAAAAUUGAUCGAAAUUAGAAUAAUAGACAUUUUCUACAAGACUAGCACAUAAGAAAUUGAAAAAGAUUAAUGAUAUUAGCAGCGUUGUAGUUAAAACAAAUUGAUAUUGAAAUUCAUAUGUGGCGCACUAUGCAUACCUACUACAUAUAUAUAGCUAUCUAAUCAAUCCAACAAAUGUAUAUUUAGUAGUAAAAGUUGUAGUUACGCUCGAGGCGAGCAGUUAGCAUGGAAGCCGACGAGCUUGGUUUGUUUGUGGCGUUAUAGGCUGUGUUUUGUUGUUUGGCGUUGUCGUUAGAAGCGUUUAAAUGAUAAUUUAUAAAUUUAUAUGCUUUAAAAUAAAUAAUAUUGUUAUACCUUUGAAA